AUGGCUGCCAGAGCCGUGAGCUCAGGCCUGCCCCCACCAGGGUGGACAGCGGGACCCCUGGCAUGCCCGCUGCUGCCCCCAGAGGUGCCGUCUUCGGCCCCUGGUUCAUUCCAUUGUCUCGCCAUCAGGCACAACCAACUCAGCCACAUGCUCUCGCAUUCAGGCCUCUGGCAGCUUCCCAUUAAUGUCUUCCUUUGCCAGUGACCAGGUCAUUCAUUUUCUGUCCCCAGAGCAGCUUCACUCCAGUCCUUGGGCCAUCCCAUCCUCUUUGACUGGCCACCCCAUCUCAGCCAUCAGGUCAUCCCUCUGUGGGCAGCAGGCCCUUGGUUGUCUCACCAUGGGACCAUCCCAUUCCUGGGGAGCAGGCCCAUCUAUCUCUCCCUGUAUUGACACACUCAUUAGCCAGCGGACCUUUCCUCUUUUGGGCAGCUGAUGGCUCUAGGCCCAGCCUUGAGCCACUCCAUUUUGAUUGAUUUCAUCUGCCUGUUCCCAGCCUCGCUUGUACCAUGACACCAUCCACCAUAGGAUUUCAUCUAUGAGCAGCCACCAUGCUGCCUCAAAUGUUCAUCUCAUCGCAGCCAUCCGCACUGGCUGGUCCUGUCUUGGUCAGUGAGCUGUCCCACUGUUGGGAGUUCUUGAGGGUUGAGAUUAUUGAGCCCCAGCAAGCAGCUCCUUUCAAAUGUCAGAGGGUGGUCAGAAGAGCGGCUUCUUUUUAAGGGCUGCUUGGGCUUACCAAGCAGUCAUGGACUGUUAACACAAGCAUGAACUAUCAUCCCGCUAAGGAUAUCUUAUUCUCCUCUUGACUUUCAGAACUUCUGGUCUCCCACAGUAAAGCCCUUGUAAGCCCCAGAUCCUCUGACCCACGAGCACCUCACAAAUUUGAAUGUGGGUUCCAGUUUGAGCUGUUGACACUGUUUCCUUCUUGGGCAAUGGUAUAGCCUCCCCCUUAGAUUGCCAACAGCCUUGACACCUUCUUAGUGUUGGGCUACCUAGCUCAAUUUAGGACCCUCCUGGCUCUCUUCAGAAGACACCUCCCUCCCCAGUGGAGACCACAGAGGGCUAGGCUACCAGACUGAGGCCUCAUUUGCUUAUUGACUCAAGUGGACACAAGCCCACUUCCUCCUGAUACAUGGUCUCAGGAAUGUCCCUAGAAGUGGAUGCCUCACAUCCCAUCGGAGAGCCAAGGCCCCUCCCCGGGCGGCCCCGGCCCAGCUUAUUGGGCCUCCAUGGCAUUUGCUCACUGGCUUCAGGCCUGGAGGAUCCAGUUUUAGUUUCCUGUGACGGAAGGGCUGUAAAUUGGACUAAUUUUGGAUAUGAUAGGAAAGUGAAAUGAGGUCGGCAAGGAGACAGAGAAGACGGUGUGCACCCCUCCUCCAGCUGGCCUGCCCCCCAUUGAGCUGUGGGCCUACCAAGGCUGGCCAGACCUAGGCCUGCCCUGGGGAGAGCCCUGAUACUCAGCCCAAGUCAGGCCAGGCUGCUGCCUGCCUAAACUCCCCAGCUACAGCCACGUUUUGCUUUCUUCUUUCAUCUGUCCUAUCUAUCUAUCUAUCUAUCUAUCUAUCUAUCUAUCUAUCUAUCCCCCUCUCUUUUUCUCUGCCCAUCCCACAGGGGCCACCUAACUGUUGUCUUUUGGUUCCCAGAAUAGACUUAAGGGGUGAGCAUGGCUGAGGUCUGGCUGCUGUGGUGAACGUGGCUUCCAAGGGCCCUGGGGCCUCCUCCUACUCCCAGGAUAUACUUGGCUAUCCCAUGGUCCUACAACAGGGGUGAACUAACUCUCUCAGUAAAGGGCCAAGUGACAUCUAGGAAAUAUUUAGGGUUUGCAAGUCUAGCCACAUCUUUCACAUUUCUCAGCCUUGCCACUGUAGCAGAAAAGCAGCCUCAGAUGGGGUGUAAACAAACGGUGGUGGCAGGGUUCCAACAAAGCUUUAUUUAUCAAAGCAGGCAGUGGACCAGAUUCAGCUUAUAGGCCAUAGUUCACCACCUCCUGCUCCAGGCAGCUGGAUUGGAAAGGAUGAGGAGAUUGGAACUUCAGACCUAGGGAGAAGGGACUUACUUGAAGUUGUUCAACACAGUGUCUGCUCUAAUUCCAUGGUACUUGAGUGACAGCUUGCUCCAGUCCUGUCGUGAUUGUUGCUAACCAGAGUUAAUCUUUGGACCGAGCACAAAACAGGCAGAAACACAAAAACUUAAGGAAAAACUCAAACUCCUGUCGCCAUGCCCUGGCAUAGGGGCAGUUAGUGUACAACCCUGACCUCAGCUCUGAACAAGGCCACUAAGGGGUUGCUUUGUGCCCUCUGUCUAAAGCAGAGGAGCUAAGGCCUGAAGAAGUAUAAAACCUCAUCUAAAGGUGUCCCGUUAACAAUGACAGAGGUGAGUUUUGAACCCAGGUCUCUCUGGCUCUACAUCACCUCUCACUAGCCAGGCCGUUUCCCCGUUUGUUGCCCUGCUUGGCCCAGCGUGUUUAGGGAUGCUGGUGAGCCAGUGCAUGGACAUUCUCUUAUAUGUAAGAGGCGGGGUAGCUACUGUCAGUCAGAAUUAGAGUAAAGCCAGACCAGUGACUCCUGGGACUCUCCCACUCCUGUCUGCUCUUUCUUUGGUCCUCACUUCUAAGUGGUAAUCAUUCCCUAGGUACCAGGGCAGGAAUUCCUAGGAGGAAGUCAUAAAUCUGCCCCAGAGCUGAACUCCCAGGCUGCUCUGGCCACAGGGUAGGCUUCUGUAUGUGAGUCUGCCUCCUCUUUUCUUCCCACAGAGUAUGAGGAAUGGCUGCCCUGCCUCCCUAGCCAUUACUAGGCCAACUCUGUGCUGGCCUGGAUUUCUUUCUGUCUCCAAAGGACAGUAGUACCUAGAACACAGAGGCAGAUGUUCCUAGUGUCCCCCUAGUGAGAUGGCAGAGGGGUGGCAGCAGCUCCCUGCCCCUCCCAUUCCAACAUGACAGGCAGUUAUAGGGCCCUGGGGACCUGCCUUCACCACGCAGCUGCCACAGUUCCUGCAGCCCACUCAGACCGGCAGAGAGGUCGGCCCAGACAGAGGUACUGGGGAACCAGCGAGCUAGGUCCAGAGGUGGGUGGGCGGAGCCAGCCUGGGAACCUCAGGGUGGGUGAGGUGGUGGCAGCGACUGCAGCAGUGACAACUCCGAUGGAGGCCUGGCGAGGUCCAGCCGAGCGUGCCCUGCAUUGGGGCCUCCCAGCCCUGGCCCUCGGCUUCUUUCUCUUCCACUGUGAUCCCUUCACCUGCUUCUCCUUUCUCUCCUCUCCUCCACCCGCCCCAAGUUUCGAGGACUCCACCCUGUCCACGGCCACUACCCUUGAGUCUAUCCCCAGCUCCGCGGGAGAGCCGAAAUGCCAGCGACCCCGCACACUGAUGCGGCAGCAGAGCCUGCAGCAGCCGCUGAGCCAGAACCAGCAGGGCCGGCAGCCCAGUCAGCCCACCACCAGCCAGAGCCUGGGCCAGCUGCAGGCCCACGCGGCCUCGGCACCGGGCUCCAACCCCCGGGCCUAUGGUCGGGGUCAGGCUCGGCAGGGCACCUCGGCCGGCUCCAAGUACCGGGCAGCUGGGGGCCGCAGCCGCUCCAACCCAGGCAGCUGGGACCACGUGGUGGGGCAGAUUCGAAACCGAGGCUUGGACAUGAAAUCCUUCCUGUUGCCUGCAGGAGGGAAGGCUGUGAAUACAGCCCCAGUGCCCGGCCAGACGCCACACGAUGAGUCUGACCGCAGAACGGAGACCCGUUCCUCUGUCUCGGACCUCGUCAACUCCCUUACCAGCGAGAUGCUCAUGCUCUCCCCGGGUUCUGAGGAGGAUGAGGCCCACGAGGGCUGCAGCCGAGAGAACCUGGGCCGAAUCCAGUUCAGUGUUGGCUACAACUUCCAAGAGUCCACACUCACCGUGAAGGUCAUGAAGGCCCAAGAGCUGCCAGCCAAGGACUUCAGCGGUACUAGUGACCCCUUUGUCAAGAUCUACCUGCUACCCGACAAGAAGCACAAACUGGAGACCAAGGUGAAGCGGAAGAAUCUAAACCCGCACUGGAAUGAGACCUUUCUAUUUGAAGGGUUUCCCUACGAGAAAGUGGUGCAGAGGGUCCUCUACCUCCAGGUCCUGGAUUAUGACCGUUUCAGCCGCAAUGACCCCAUUGGGGAGGUGUCCAUCCCUCUGAACAAGGUGGACCUGACCCAGAUGCAGACCUUCUGGAAGGAUCUGAAGCCAUGCAGCGAUGGGAGUGGGAGCCGAGGGGAGCUGCUCUUGUCCCUCUGCUACAACCCCUCUGCCAACUCCAUCAUCGUGAACAUCAUCAAAGCUCGAAACCUCAAAGCCAUGGACAUCGGGGGCACAUCAGACCCCUAUGUGAAGGUGUGGCUGAUGUAUAAAGACAAGCGGGUAGAGAAAAAGAAGACCGUGACAAAGAAGAGGAACCUGAACCCCAUCUUCAAUGAGUCUUUCGCCUUCGACAUACCCACGGAGAAGCUGAGGGAGACCACGAUCAUCAUCACUGUCAUGGACAAAGACAAGCUCAGCCGCAACGACGUCAUCGGCAAGAUCUACCUGUCCUGGAAGAGCGGACCAGGUGAAGUGAAACACUGGAAGGACAUGAUCGCUCGUCCCCGGCAGCCUGUGGCCCAGUGGCACCAGCUGAAAGCCUGAGUGGGGCCAAGGGAGGCUCCAAGGGCCAAGGCCUGGCUCCCCAUCAUGCCCCUACCACUUUAUGCACAAUGCCCAGCCCGGCACCCCUGCCAUGGUGAGGGGAGACCCCGAGGGCUCAGCCAGGGAGGGGUACCAGAACUCUACUGGGCCCCAUUUCUAGGAAGUACCAGCCCCACCCCAUGAGUCCAGCUCAGGGGUGGGGGCUUGGGAGCCAUUCCCUGCUUUGCCUCUUUCUUUCCUGAUUUGCUGAUACUAAAGACGUGGGGGAGAGCUCAAGAGCCAGAUGGGCAGAUCCCUCCAGAGGCCCGCCAGGUGGGCAUAGCCCCCGUUUUCUUUAAGGCAGUGCCUGGAGUGGAGAGAAGCCACCCCUUCCCUAGAUCCCCUUUUUGGGGCCCAGAAGAGGAAGGCCGAGGCGUUUGGCCACGGCCUGGUCAUCAGGCCCAUCCCCAGCUUCAGGUGCCGGCUGGGCCCUGGACACUGAGGAUAGUAUAUAGCCUGUGCUCCAGAGUCCUGGAGAUGUGGCCCUGUGUAUUUGUGUUGUGUCUACUGUGUGUGUGUGUGUGUGUGUGUGUGUGUGUGUGUGCCCACAUGCGUGUACACAUGUGCACCUGGAAGCUCAUGCGCACGUGUGGGAAAGGGGGAGCUCACUCCCUAUCGCCCUGGGACCAGCAGUGCUGAUUGGCUAUGGAAAAUAGCAGAGUUUCGUGAGGAUGAAGUAGGGCUGGGUCAGGUAGAGGUCAAGGCCACAGGGAAGGUAGGAGAGGAAGGGUAUGGACGGCUGAGAAGAAGUGGGGACCAGGGCAAAUGGCUGUUUCAGCUGCCUCCUGGCACCCACUUUGCCUGUCUCUGUAGCCCCCACCCCCACAAUUCCCCAGUAGCAACUCUCUACUGCAAUGUCGUCCCUUGGGCCUGGGCUCACACUUUGUAGGCACCUACUCACCGUGUGCAUGGCCUUCCAACAGGGCACCACUCCCAUCCUUCUCAGGCAUUCCUAACCCCUCGCCCAGGGACCCCCACCUUUCCAAAUCUCAUUUUGCAGUCAAAUUGGCAUCUGCUCCACACUCUGGCUUGGAUAUAGCCCCCGAUCCCCACCCCUUGCCCCGACACCUCCACCUUUUCUUUGCAUAAUCUGAUCAACCCCUGGCCUUCUCCAGGCUGUCUUGACACAUACCCCACCCCCACCCCUACCCCCACCCCAGAGUAGCAGCUCUUUCUGCCCCUCCCACCCACCACGCAAGCAGAGGAAGCGGGGAGCAUUCCAGGAGUCUGAAGUUGCCAUACCCAAAGAAGCUGUCGUCCCUUCUCCCCGCCUCUGCUGAGACUAGAACUGGCUUCCCUUUGGAAAUAGCAGACUCCAGAAUGAUCCCUCUUAAGUCCUGUCGUCCCUCUGUGCUGUAUUGAAAAGACCCAGCUGGUGAAAGAGCCUCAAAACCAAUUCAGAGACUUGAGCCCAACAUACCCUAAUUCUACCACCAGGUGGCACCAGAACACCACAUCUAUGGUAGCAGUUGGGGACCAUAAAUACAGUUCUACCCUGACUGGCACCUUGACACCCCAAGGAUGGAAGGGGCUCUGGACUGCAUCUGCUUAUCUAGAGCACAGUGGGAACACAGUUAUGUGGGCACAGUUUCCUUCAGUGGGCUUCCCCUUAAGCUCACCCUUCUGCUCUAGGUGGGAGAUCUCCUUUUGUCCAUAGCAAAAUGUCCUUAAAUCAGAUUUCACACCCUGUCCCCAGGGACCUGGAGGAAUCCCUUAUGUAGUAGGUGAAUCAUUCGUAGAGUGAAUAAUUCCAUUGUAAAACAAAUAGUUACCCAUAUUACUUGUAAAUCUAAAUGUUUGUAUACUACAGCUUUUGCUUUAAAUAGGACCAUCCCCAACUCCCUUGCCCAGCUGGGUGUAACCCCAGGAAAGGGACCCUCCCAACUCCCUGCAGAGGCUGUGUGGGAACAGAAGAGGGUAAUGUAGAAAGUCUGGAAACUCGAGAGAAAUCGCUGCCAUCCUUCCUUCCAUCUGCCUCAGUCUCCUGAGUGCUUCCACCAAGGCAUCCGAGGGGCCCGAGCAACCUGCACCAGCAGGUGUAAAGUUGGCAGCGGGUUUAUGCAGAGCGUGCUCCUGCACCUCUUAGCCAGUCAGCUCAGCAUCCCCCCACAUAGCUGUUCUCCCCUCAGACUACUAGGAAUAGUAGUGACCCAGCCUGGGUGGAGGGGUGGGGGGGCCAGCCAGACCUUGCAAACAGUGGGUGGAGAACAGAGUGGGUUUGCACAGGGUGCAGCUGGAUGACACAGAGGCUGGGCAUAAGAUGUUAGGGCAACUGGGGGAACAUGGAAAUGGGGGGGAGGGACUUGAGGGUGAGGAGGGCACCAGAGCUCUGCCACCACUGUCCUAGGAUCUUGGGCAAGUCACCCACACUCCCUGGGCCUCAGUUUCUCCAUCUGUAAAAUGAUGGUAAUAAUACUUCACCUACCUCAUGGGGGAGGUUGUGAGGCCACCAUCACCUGACCUAGGGGGUCAAGGCAGGAGGGCUCUGAAGGUGCUACCCAGAGCAAAGUUGUCAGUGAGGCCUGAAAGCAAGGCCCACCUGCCAGUCCACCCUACCCCACAGAGCCUCUAGGGACCGCCAGAGCCAAUCUGUCUCUUCACUGUGUCCCCACCCCCUUUAUGAGCGUCAUCUGACAUCUUGUGGGCACCCUAGACUUAGUUGUUACAUUGUUUAGGUAGCUUUUCUUGUGAUCAUCUUCUCUGUGUAACUGCUAUACAAAUUCCACCUGCCCCAGCACACCCCUCCACCUGCCCUCCAGCACCAGAGGCCAGGGAAGGGACAAAGGAAAACAGCCACAAAAGAAAAAAAAAAAAAAAAAAAGCCAAGGGGACUCCCAGCUCAGCUGGGGCCCCCAGGGGUGGGAACUGGUGGCGCUGUUUGUAUUGUGUUUGAGUCCUUGAGCGCAAGUGUUUUAUAAAAAAUAAAACAAAAAUCCACUAUCACAAAAAAAGAAAAAAAAUACAGCAAAGAGAACUGAAGACAAAAGGGAAAAAGAACCAUACAAUUUUUUUCCACCAUAUGCACCCUCUAAGCCAGCAAAAUUUUCCUCUUUGCAAAAUCAUAUUUUUGUGGGAAUGGGCCCUGCUUUUUGUGGCAAGGCCUGUUCUGAUUAAUAAAGGAUCGUGAAAAAGUAGGGCCUUGGCUGUUUCCUCUGUGGGUCCCAGCCCUCUCUCUCUCUUCUUCCAGGGGAAGCAACAGCUGGGAUUGGAGGGACUGGGGAGUCUUGGGGGUGUCUCCACUCAGCUUGUCACCUGACACUUGACUUUUCAUUGUGGCUUGGGCCUGCUGGAGCUGCCCGCUCACUCUCAGAUCAAGACUAAUCCCUACAAUUCACCAGCUGCCCCAAAGUAGAGAAUAUUGCAUGCCCCAGGUCAGACCUAAAGUCAUCUCAGAAGUAGUGGGAUCUCCCUGAGAUCGCCAAGACCUCCCUUGGAGUCCAGCCUCACCAUCACCUGCUCAGCUUCUAUGACUUGGGGCCAAUGUCUCCUUCCAGGUCCUGGCAGGGGAAAGAAAGGUAGUCUGAGCUCUAGGUCAGACUGCUGAAUCUGUGGCCUUUCUCCAAUCUAUUGUCUAGGCUGAUUCUCUAUGGUUGGGGAAAAAAAUCUCUCCAAUCUAAAGAGCCCCAUCGGCAAGUUCCAAGCUGAGGACCUGAGAGACUCCGGUGCCCUCCUGUAUGUGGCUCUGGCAAGCCAUGCCCUUUGCUGUGCUCUCAAUGUCCUCUAUUCACAAAGAAGCAAUAAUUUUCCAGCCACUCCCUGCUCUGUCCAGGGCAGCUGGCCUGCCAGUUCUCAGGGUACUGCAGAAGGCCAAUCAUAUCUGCUUCAGAUAGGCACUAAGGGGACCCCAUAAUUCCAUGGGCCCUGCCCCACUCUGAAGUGAAGAGGGUCACAUACCCUCUGUCCCCCACAUCUGGGACCAGCAGCUGCCUCCUUAAUCUGUACUAAGUACCCUCAUUCUGAAGCAGCCUGCCCUUUCCCCUCUACCCCUUAACUUCCUAAGUGUAGUUUAGACAUCCCUUUUAAAAGGUGUAUGCAGGCUAGGGUAUAGCUCAGAGGUACAGCUCCUGCCCUAGUGUGCACAAGCACCUGAGAGGGGAUAAAACAGCUUCUGUUGGCUUCUAUUCCAGAAGUUCGAGGGAGUCCUGGGGUCAGGUAAGUAGCUUCAGGCUCACCCUGGGUUUUGUUUAGCUUUUCUUUGGGAAAACAAGCCCAAGAAACAGUUUUAGCAUAGUUGGUUCAGCACAGCAGAGGUGCCAGACCCUGACCACUGGCACAGGGCCUCUACCCUGGACUUCUCUGGCUCACUCCCUCUGCCUGCUCUGAGCUACUCACGCAUCCCUUCACGUGCCUGAGAGAGACCACUGUCCUUCUCCCGCAAGUCCCUCCCAGAUGCACUACUUCUAAAGGUCUCUCUGGCCUUUCUGGAUGCUGGGCUCUCCUCUCCUUCUCUGAGAAAGACAGCUGAAGGAUAAUUCGAACAUGCUUGACGCUCCAUCCUGAGCUGCUCCCAUCUGUUUCUAAUGAAGUCAUCCACUUCCCAUGUUCUGGGUCCUGUGUGUGUCUGUGUGUCUGUGAAUGUAUACAUGUGCGAGUGUGGUGUCUCUUAGAUUGUGAGCCCUUGGGCAGGGUUCCCUGUCUGAAUAGACGUUCUGUGUGGCACGCCUGGCUGUGGUAAUAAAUGUCCAUCUUCAGAAUCA